GGGAUGGUGCGUGGGGCUGAGCUGAAGAGGAAGCGCUGCCCGGCUGUGCGGAUAUGGCCUUCGGCGGUCCCUCGGCAGCACAGGAAGGUCCCCGGCGCGCCGUCGGCGUCUGAGAUGUUCACGGGCAGCGGCGGGAGGUCGACCCACGGCCUCCGGGGUUACAGCGUCCUGGAGGCCCAGUACUACUACCAGUAUGUCGCCGGCGACGGCAAGCUGGUCCGCAUCGCCGAGGGCGACCGCUUCGUCCUCCUGCAGAAGUCCAACCAGGAUUGGUGGCAGGUCCGCCGCCAGGGCGAGCCAAAGAAAGCCAAGCCCAUCUACGUGCCCGCAGCCUACGUGGUCGAAUUGCCAAUGGUGACGGCCGCCGGCAAGAGAGCCAGCCUGCCCAGGAAGUUCGCCUGGUCAAGUUUGGAGUUUUCAGACUCCUGGCCGAGAGCGGGCUCGGACGACAACCCCAAGUACAAGAGGAGCACGUUCGGCGGGCUGUCGGGCUUCAGGCAGCGCCGGAGCGAGGGGGACCUCUGCAGGCCGGGGCCCCUGGACCCCGAGGGGCGCGGGGUCCGCUGGCUGAAGAAGGCCCACCCCCUGACCCCCAACCCCUACCAGAGGCAGGGGGUCAGCGUGGCCGCCAUGGUGCACUCCUGGCCGCCCAGAGGAGAGCAGGUGGAGCAGCGAGGACAGGCGGACGGAGCCACGGACGGCGAGGGUCCCGCCGAGCCCGAGGCAGAGUCGGCCGAUUCCAGCCCCCCGCCAGUCUACAGCAACCUGAAGGAGCUGAAGCUGGGGGCGCAGGCGCCCCCCAGUCCCACCGGGCCCCCGGCGCAGGUGAUGGACCUGUGGGAGCGGCACGUGGACCCGGUCACCGGCCGCAGCUUCUACCUCAACGCCGUCACCAAGGAGAGGACGUGGAAGCCCCCGAGGCGGGCCAGAGGCAGGGCUGUGUCCAGGUCUUCCACACCUCCGCCGGAUUACCCCACCACCUGGAAUGGUGAUGGAACCUCCACCUCUUCCUGCAGUCACCUCGAGUCCCUCCAGCAGGACAGGAAGAGCUGGGACUCCUCACAGCUCCCGCGGUGUUCAUCGUCCGAGACCCUGGGCUCGUCCACGUACAACGCCAGCGGCGUCCAGCUUCGAGACAGACGGGACAGUGCCAGCCGGCCCGGCCAGGCCAGGUCCAUGAUCAUCGUGGAGAAGCCGGAAGCCAAGGCAACGCACAGGAGAAACCUUUCACAGCAUUCCUUCUGUGUCAGCAUGAGUGAGAGCUCGCCUGUGUCCUCUCCGACAGAGGAAAAGGCGGGUCUCCUGAACAAGACAAAGAUUGCAGAAGGAGGGAGGAAACUCAGGAAGAACUGGAGCAGCUCCUGGGUGGUGUUGGCUGGAAACAGCCUGGCCUUUUACAAAGAGGCGAAGUCUCAAGGUGCCAGCACCAAGAAGCCCGUCAACCGGCCGGAGAGCAGCAUGGACCUGCGGGGCUCGCUGAUCGAAUGGACCAGGGAGAUGUCCAGCAAGAAGAACGUCUUUCGGAUCCGGACAGUCACAGGGAACGAGUUCCUGCUUCAGUCAGAAAAUGAAGAUUACAUUAGUGACUGGUACAAGACCAUAAAGAAUGUCAUCGAUACCCUGGAUCGGGAAAACCCGCUGGAUUACCCACUGGUGUACUCGCUGCGGAGGACCGCCAGCGCGGAGCUCCUCGACUGCAGCGGCGAAGAGGACGAGGUCCCGGUCAAGGAGAAGCACCGGGAGAGCCGGAGAAUCUCGCUGCGACGGAUGAAUUCGGACAGCUCUGAGAGGAAGAGGGUGAAGAACAGGAUCCGCAAGUUCAUCACCAAGAGACCCCCGCUGCAGACCCUGCAGGAGAAGGGGCUGAUCAAAGAUCAAGUCUUCGGCUGUCGCCUGGAUGCGCUGUGCGAGCGGGAGAAAGCCACCGUCCCCAAAUUUGUGCGGCUGUGCAUCGAGGCUGUUGAAAAGCGAGGCUUGGAUGUAGAUGGCAUCUACCGAGUGAGUGGGAACCUGGCCGUGAUACAGAAGCUGAGGUUCGUGGUUGAUCACGAGAGGGCAGUGACCACUGAUGGCCGCUAUUUGUUUCCAGAAGAACUGUGCCAAGAAGAGAAGCUGAACAUGGACGAUCCCGAGUGGGAAGAUGUCCACGUCAUCACUGGGGCGUUGAAGAUGUUCUUCCGCGAGCUGCCCGAGCCUCUCUUCCCCUACGACACUUUCGAAGGCUUCGUGUCGGCCGUCAAAUUGCCCGAUCACUCUGAACGUCUGGAAAAUGUAAGAAACCUGGUGCAGAAUCUACCAAGAGCGAACCGAGACACCAUGAAAACCAUGUUUCAACAUAUGAAAAAGGUGGCCGAGCACUCCCACCUGAACCGCAUGACCGCCCAGAGCCUGGCCAUCGUCUUCGGGCCGACGUUGCUGCGGCCGGAGAAGGACUUCCUCAACAUGGCGGUGCACAUGGUGUACCAGAACCAGAUCGUCGAGCUGAUCCUGCUGGAGUACCAGGCCGUCUUCGCCUCCGGCCGGGAGCCGCUCUGACGGCCGGAUCGACCAGGCCCCGCGUCCCGUCCCCGACCAGCACUGGACAGCUGACCCCAGGCUGCUGCGGGUCCCGAGGGAAGGUGCCCUUGAGCCUUCGACAGUGUUCCGCAGCAGGCGGACAGCAGGUUACCAGCUGCAGUGUAAUCCCCUCUCCCCUUCCCCUUGUCUGUCUGUCUGGUCCGUCUGUCUGGUCUGUCUCUCGGACGUGUCAGAAGGAGUCCGUUGUUGAACCGCUGCCGGUCAAGCGUCCUGGAGCGGCGGCUGCUGCUGUCACAGAGAGGGAACCCCCGGCGCGGUGGGACCCCCCCCCCACCCCCACCCCCCAAAGCUACCAGGGCUACCGGGCCUCACUUCGAAACAGCGCGCCCGGCGGGGGUGGUGGGGGGUGGUCAGUGAUGUCCGCCCGAGAGUGCAGGCAGUGCCCCCUCGGCUGGUCGCCUGACCAGGAGGUUGGUCCUCCCGACAGUGCGGCUCUCCCUCGGCGCUGAGCUUCCGACAGUGCGGCGCUCCCUCAGCGCUGACCCUCCGACAGUGCGGCUCUCCCUCGGCGCUGAGCCUCCGACAGUGUGGCUCUCC